CGCUUUAAGUUCGUGGAUAUUGGUAUCAACUUGACAGAUCCUAUGUUCAGAGGAAUUUAUAGGGGGGUUCAAAAGCACCAAGAUGACUUACAUGAUGUAAUAGAGAGAGCUGUUCAGAUUGGUGUUAAAAAGUCAGUCUGUUGAGAUGUUACACAUCAUGUAGCCUCUGGAAUAACUCAGUGCACACGUGUGACAGUUUAUGAUUACAGGUGGAAAUCUACAAGACAGUAAAGAUGCACUGCAUUUGGCACAAACAAAUGAUAUGUUUUUCAGUACAGUUGGGUGUCAUCCUACAAGAUGUGUUGAAUUUGAAAAGAAUAACCCUGAUCUUUACUUGAUGGAGUUACUAAAACUUGCUGAAAACAACAGGGGGAAGGUUGUAGCAAUAGGGGAAUGUGGACUUGAUUUUGACCGACUACAGUUUUGUCCCAGAGAUACUCAGCUCAAAUAUUUUGAAAAACAGUUUGAAUUGUCAGAACAAACGAAAUUACCAAUGUUUCUUCACUGUCGGAACUCACAUGCUGAAUUUUUGGACAUAAUGAGAAGAAAUAGAGAUCGGUGUGUAGGUGGAGUGGUGCAUUCAUUUGAUGGUACCAAGGAAGCAGCAGCUGCUUUGAUGGACUUGGGUCUCUACAUAGGAUUUAAUGGUUGCUCACUGAAAACUGAGGCUAAUUUGGAAGUUCUGAAGUCAAUACCUAGUGAAAAAUUAAUGAUUGAGACUGAUGCACCUUGGUGUGGAGUCAAAAGUACACAUGCUGGAUCAAAAUAUAUAAAAACUUCAUUUCCUACCAAAAAGAAGUGGGAAAAUGGGCACUGUUUGAAAGACAGAAAUGAACCCUGCCAUAUAAUUCAAAUACUGGAGAUAAUGUCAGCAGUAAGAGAUGAAGAUCCACUGGAACUAGCCAAUACACUAUAUAACAACACAAUUAAAAUAUUUUUUCCUGACAUGUAAUUGGUAUGUGUCUCCCAUUUUUCCAUCAUGUAUAUAAAAUUUCAUGGUAAAACUUAAAAGUUUCAAUAAAGGAAUUCUCUGGAAGCUGUCUAAA